UCAAAGAACUGACAUGUCACCCCUUAUCUGUGGACACAAAUACUCCAAAAAACGCGGAAGCCAACACGGACCGGUAUCUUGUCACCGACAUCUCAGGCCAAUCCGAGCCCAGAGCUCGGCGCCCAGAAUGCGGCUGAGCAGCCGGAGAAAGCUGGAGGAGCAGCAGCUUAUAGCCUGAUAUACAAGUGACCGCUAGCCUCAUAUCAGCCGCGCAGACAUCACUGAAGUAGCAGCAGCGGAAAUCUUCCAGCGGGAAGGAGGGGGGGAGGCAGAAGGAAGAAGAGCGAGGGGACGGGCAAGAAGAAGGGAUACGGGACAUUAUUUGAUCCGACUAGAGUAAAUGUUUACGUUGAUUCGGUUUCAGCUGUUUUAACGAGCUAAACACACACACACACACACAUCGGCAAGAAGGUUAGCUAGCCGCCGCCACCUUCUCCUCCUCCUAUUAGUCGGAGCGACCGCCGUGUCUUCCACACCAUGGGGAACGCUGCAACGGCCAAGAAGGGCAACGAGCUGGAGAGCGAGACUUUUGUGAAAGAGUUUCUAGCCAAAGCCAAAGAAGAUUUCUUACGGAAAUGGGAAUGCCCACCACAGUGCACAACGUGCCUAGAUGACUUUGACCGGAUAAAGACUCUGGGUACCGGCUCAUUUGGAAGAGUCAUGCUGGUCAAACACAAAGGGACAGAGCAAUACUUUGCCAUGAAAAUCCUGGACAAGCAGAAGGUGGUGAAACUCAAGCAAAUAGAACACACAUUAAAUGAAAAGCGGAUAUUACAAGCCGUGAGCUUUCCUUUUCUCGUCAAACUUGAGUACGCAUUUAAGGACAACUCCAAUUUGUACAUGGUUAUGGAGUACGUUCCAGGAGGAGAGAUGUUCUCUCACUUAAGACGAAUUGGAAGAUUCAGUGAACCACACGCGCGAUUUUACGCUGCCCAGAUAGUGCUGACGUUUGAGUACCUACAUUCGUUAGACCUCAUUUACAGAGAUCUAAAACCUGAGAACCUUCUCAUUGACCACCACGGCUACAUUCAGGUGACCGACUUUGGAUUUGCCAAGCGAGUAAAAGGCAGAACCUGGACGUUGUGUGGAACACCGGAGUACCUGGCGCCAGAAAUCAUUCUAAGCAAAGGCUAUAACAAAGCUGUGGACUGGUGGGCUCUCGGAGUUCUCAUCUAUGAAAUGGCAGCUGGUUACCCUCCGUUCUUUGCAGAUCAGCCGAUUCAGAUCUAUGAAAAGAUCGUGUCUGGAAAGGUACGAUUUCCGUCCCACUUUAGCUCUGAUUUAAAGGACCUGUUAAGAAACCUGCUGCAGGUAGACCUGACCAAACGCUACGGAAACCUGAAGAAUGGAGUCAAUGACAUCAAAGGCCACAAGUGGUUCGCCACAACAGACUGGAUCGCAAUCUACGAGCGAAAGGUUGAAGCUCCAUUCAUACCAAAAUGCAGAGGCCCCGGGGACACCAGCAACUUCGACGAUUACGAAGAGGAGGAGAUCCGUGUUUCUGUAACGGAAAAAUGUGCAAAGGAGUUUGCGGAGUUUUAAGAAACAAGAACAUGGAUAUAUCAGGGAAAUAUAAAGGGGACCUUUGCACUCUAUUAAAAGACUCUGGAUGGAACGAGGACCAUCUUUUUGUUUUUUCAGAUCUACGUAGUCCCUUCAUACCACAAGGUUGAAGGAGGUCGCCGUGAUCCUUGAGUGUCGAUACCCGCUCACCGUCAAAACACCUGCGUAUUAAAGAAGACACGUCACUUUUUCUUUUUACUUUUCUUUUUUGUCACUUUGAAGGCAGUUAGUUUUGAAUGUUUUUAUUCCCAACUGAAGUGUGUGGACAAACAGACUGUGGGGUGUAACAGUCCACACUGUGACUUCUCUGUGGCCAUUUGGCACACAGUAGAGUGGGUCAUUUUCAUUCUCUUUCUUCAUCAGCGGUGUAAAAUUGAAGUCCGCAUCAGAUUAAGUUGAGCCAGCCACAUUUGGUCCUAUUUGCAUAUCUGAGUUUUUCAGGAUGAAGAAACACAAUGAGUGUUUAAAGCAUGGCCAAAUAGAAAAUAUCUGGCUGACACAAGAAGAGAAGUCCUUUCCUUUCUUUGCUUUUUGCCUUAGAAAGCCAAGUCCCUCACCUCACCAGAACUCAAUCUUUUAUUUUUUAUUUUGGUAUUCUGACCUAGACACAUCAGGCCAUUGCAGAAAAUGACAAAUGCAUUAGAUAAAAUGCAAGUCCACUUGUUUGCUUGAUCCGUUUGGGUCUGAUAGGUACUUUUUAAAGUUAUUCUCUGCCAUCUUAUUGUUUUUGUUAAUUUUUUUUUGUCCUUGUGUUUAAAAUUAUUAGUCAUUGUCCCUUGGGUUUUGGGUCUCCUCGGGACCUUUUGUCACAAGUCUGUGGGAAAAAAAUGCAAAUUCAUGUGUUGAAGAGGUUUUAAGAGACGGAAAGGGAAAUAUACAUAUUUAUUAUACAUCACCCCAAAUAAAUUUGUUUUAUUCUUGUGACAGAAUGUAGGUUUGCGACUUCUAGGUAUGCGUGUUUGAAAGCUUGAUUUCGAAGUUUCUCACAGAACACUGGCUAAACUGAAGACCGCUCCUUUGUGUCACAUUGUAACCCUGUUCCUGUUUAGCUCAUAACAUCAUACGUAUAUGCAUUGUUUCAUAAGUUUUUAUUUAUACACAUUAGAGAUGCUAAUAAAUUUUAUUUUUAAAAGUG